AUGGCCGGACCCCAAAGCCCAGCCAAGCAGGGGUUGGAAGAGUGGGAGGAGAUUGCCGACGACUACUCUGUCGUGUCACUCUCAUCCGAUGACGAGGACGGUAGUGCCCCUCUCGCAACGACGACCACAGCCAGCAAGCCAUCUUCGACUGUUGGAACGCUAAAGAAUGCCGCUGCCGGUCCUUUGGCGACUGAAGACGCGAGCUCCUCUCGCCUGACUUCUGCCAAGCAAGCCUGUAGUUCAACAGCAGCAGCAAGCAGCGAUCAGCCACCAAGGCGAGACCUCCUAGAUUUACUUGGGAACUCCCUCCUACCCAAUGAGGCCAUUCAGCCAAUCUGGAAUUCAUACCAGACUAAGCAGCAAACUCCAACGCCGCCACUGAAACCAAGCAACGGCAAGGAAAUCGAGGGGCUGAAUCGAGAUAUCGGCCGCCUAACAAUGGGCAACGAGGACGCCGACGAGGCUGAGUCAUCGAGUAAACCAGAAGGCACCUUGGGCGAAACCCUGGACUUGGACGACUCCUCGAUGAAUCCUACCAUCAUCAGCCAGAAGCUAGAGUCUCUUGGCGAAUACCUCCUUGACACAUUCAAUCGGACCAGCAAGGAGUUGACUGGCUUUGACAAGGCGCCGGCUAUCGCCAACAGUUGUCAAGCCCUCAUGGCGAACAUCAAUGAUCUUCGUCCCAUACUCGCUGAUUAUGCAUCUCAGUGGGACGCGAAUGUUGAGAAGGAAAUUCCCCUCGAUCCCAGUGUCACGCUCUGGAUGGAUUCUUUGCGUACUGUUCUUGCAAGGCUUCGGAGAAAAGCCAGAGCCUGGCCGCAGCAUCCGGCAAGCGAAGAGGCAAGGAUCCGUGCGAGCUUGAACAAGUAUGCUGCUGCACUGGACAAGCAGGACAAGCAGAUGCAAGAGUUUCUGCCCAUUAUACAAGCCGACUUCAACACCUACCGGACACAGGAUAUGCAAUUUCCGGUAGAAAACACGGAAGAUUCCGCCAACAGCCCUGGACGUUCAGGCCGCAUACCGACACGUCCCACGUCUCGUCUUGCCCAAGUUCGAGACGCUCUGUACACACUCAAGGACCAAGUUCAAAAUACGAUUCAUGUCCUCGCUAUCAGCCACCACUUCCUUCCCCAGACUGCCUCCGAGACUGCUGUAGCUGUUGUUCAGUGCCUGAGGUCUACUGUCAACGCCGCGUCCCUCGCCCUGACCAACAACGGCUCGGAAUGGCUCGAGAGUGACUCUGGUAGAGCUCAUAUUGGGUUGCUGUCCCAUGCCGAGUUCAGCAAUCUGGACCCCACGAUGCUGCGGGACUACGCAGCGCGACUGAAGCAGAUCUGCGACCUCAUAUCCGACCCGAAUAGUCAUCAGCGUUGGACUGAGGAGAUGAUUAAGGACCAUUAUAUCUACAUGUUGGUUGAACAGGAACAACUUGAUGCUCUCCAUAACAUCGCCUCUGCACUCGAGGAGAUGUUGCUACCACAACACAUGAAGACCAAGACCGAGUUUGAUGAUUUCUUGAAGGAGAUGUAA